AUGAGUGCUCCCAAGCUCGCCGAGUUCGGCCUUCGCCAUGUCGCCAAGGGGAUCGGGCGGCUUUCUACAGAGGUCAUCGAGAGCGGCUCCGGUAGCUAUGUGACCAUGGCUUCGGGGAGGAAAAUGCUCGACUUCACCUGUGGCAUUGGCGUGGCUAACCUGGGCCACUGCCAUCCCGGAGUCACCAAGGCCGCUCAAGCCCAGGCCGCCAAAAUCGUGCAUGCCCAGGUCAACAUUGCUUUCCAAAAGCCAUAUCUCGAGCUCAUCGAGUCGCUGUUGCCCCUGAUGCCGCACCCAUCGCUCGACACGUUCUUUUUCUGGAACUCGGGCUCAGAAGCGGUCGAAGCGGCCGUCAAGUUGGCCCGCCAUGCCACCAAGAAGCAGAACAUCAUCGUCAUGCAGGGCUCUUACCACGGACGCACCUUUGGAACGAUGGCAAUGACGCGCUCCAAGACCGUCUAUGCCGAGAACUAUGCGCCGCUGAUGCCGGGAGUGUUUUCAGUGCCGUUCCCCUACUGCGCACAGUGUUCGAUCGCUUCACAUACUGGCAAACACGGCUUUGACAACUGCUGCAUGGACCCCGUGCUUCAACUGGAGCUCCUUCUCAAGAGGGAGUCGGCUCCGUCAGAUACCGCGGCCAUAUUCAUCGAGCCUGUCCUCGGAGAGGGCGGAUAUGUCCCGCCACCGCCGGGCUACCUCGCCCGCGUCCGGGAAAUCUGUGACAAGAACAACAUCCUCCUGGUGACAGACGAAGUGCAAUGUGGAUUCGGUCGAACUGGGAAGAUGUUCGCCAUCGAGCACUGGGGAGUCCGUCCCGACAUUCUGGUGAUGGCCAAGGGGAUUGCGAAUGGGUUCCCGCUCUCCGGCAUCGUGUCGCGGAAAGAACUGAUGGACACGCAGAAGCCCGGCUCCAUGGGCGGAACAUACGCUGGCAACGCCGUCUCCUGCGCCGCCGGCGUGGCCGUGGCCAAGGCCUUCAAGGAGGAGAAGAUUUUGGAGAACGUCAACGCCCGGGGGAAGGAGAUGGCCGACAUGCUGCACAAGGCCAAAGCCGACUUUGGCCACAUAAUCCACGACGUUCGAGGCCUCGGGCUGAUGCAGGCGGUGGAAUUCGUGUCGGGCAAGGGCAUCGCCUCCAAAGUGCAGGCCAGGUGCAUGGACAAGGGCAUGCUGAUCCUCACCACCUCGAUCUACGACACCCUGCGCUUCAUUCCCCCGCUAAACAUCUCCCAGGAAGACAUGGCCAAGGGACUGGGUAUCCUCCGAGGGGCGAUCGAAGAGGUGGCCGCCGGCGAGCAGCCCCAGGAAACAGCGACAAAGGGCCAGGCCCCGGAGUAG